UACACUGUGUAAUAAAGGCGUUUCAUCCUUAUUUCAGUGUGCAGUCAGUUUAGGCGUACAAAGCGGCAACAUCCUUUAAAGCAGUGACCGUCGAGAACAAGAAAUGUUUCCCACAUUCGAUUCCCUUCAUUUCGUAGUGUUUCUCUUGGGUGCACUGCUUUCAGUAUGUAUAGGUAGAUGUUUUUUGUUUUUGUUUGUUUUUUUGUCCAGUCUCGUUUCAGCCGUUGUGUGUCGCCAUGUGAGUCUAACCUGCCCCAGGCUUUCAGAAUCAGUAGUGAUGGCCAAUGCAACUUGAACUAUAUUUCAGACAGACGUCAGAAGUGUUGCGCUUUGUUUCUGCAGGUCAUAAUCCUAAAUUCACACUUCCUGUUGCUGGCAGCAGGUGGCGUUCUCGUGAGCACAGAAAUUGACGAGUACGGCUGCGUGCUGGAUGAGCAGCUCCUGGCUGUCAAAUUGAGCAGAUCGCCCAGCUCUGAGCAUCAGGACGCAGCUUGGAGAGAAGAGGAGGGAUGAGGAGGCUUCUUCUGCACAAAAGGCUCACCUACUCCAGGCUUUGACACUGCAGCGGGCUCACAGCACGGCGCUGCACCAGUGACCUCCUUUCUACUCCUGGCAGAAAUAAAGCAUCUUUACUCUCGGACUUGGAAAGUGGAGACUGAGAGACAGACUCAUUAGUUACUAUAACGACAUGGGAAAAGAAGCGUCAAACACUUUGUAAAAUGUUUCCUCAUCACAGAGAAAGAGAGCAGCCAAUCUUUAGCACGCGGGCUCAUGUCUUCCAGAUCGACCCAGCCACCAAGAGGAACUGGAUCCCUGCAAGCAAGCAUGCGGUCUCCGUGUCAUUCUUCUUCGACUCCAAUCGCAAUGUUUACCGCAUCAUCAGCGUGGGCGGCACAAAGGCAAUUAUCAACUGCAUUGUUACACCCAGCAUGACAUUUACGAAGACGUCACAGAAGUUUGGUCAGUGGGCCGACAGCAGGGCCAACACGGUCUACGGUCUAGGUUUCGCUACUGAGCAACAGCUGCACCAGUUCUCAGAGAAGUUCAAAGAAGUAAAAGAUGCCGCUCGUCUGGCACGAGAAAAGUCCCAAGAUAAAGAACUGGCCAACACGGCCCUCAGCAUCGCUGCGCCGCAGGACCUCUCCGACGGCCUCCAGUCCCCUCCGGUCAUGUGUGUGAACGGUCCGGAGGACAAGUUGUUUCGCAGUCAAAGCGCAGACAUCACGCUGUCCUCUGAGAAGGAGCGCAUCAAGAAGAUGCUUUCUGAGGGGUCUAUCUGCGAGAUGAACCUGGAAGCGGAGCUCUUCACGCUGCAAGACAGCAACUCCAAGUUAGUGGCGGCGUUGCACGAGGCUAACGCUAACGUGGCGCAGUGGAAGAAACAGUUGGUAGCGUAUCAAGAGGAGACCGAAAGGCUCAGAGAACAGGUGGCUGACCUUGAAGCCCAUGGCAGUCACGGCCCCAGUGACCUGCUGAAGGAUGAGCUGACUCAGUCUCUGGAAGAGUUGGAGGCGCUAUUGAAGGCCAAAGACGAGGAAAUUCACAUUUUGCAAAGCAAGAAGUCAGACUAUCAUGAGCUGGAGCGUGACAGAGAUCAGGCUAUCCACAGAUUACGGGAAGUGGAGAUGCGCAAUUCCGAGUUGGAGCGCCGUAUCCAGAACACGGAGCAGAACUUGAGCAACUCUCUGGAGGAUCGAGAUCGCUUGGACACUGAGCUCCAGAGGGCCAUCGAAAUUCUAGACAUCAAGAUCUUUGACCUCAAUGACCUCCGCCAGAGCUUGGUUAAACUCAUGGACAAAUAAAAAGUCAAAACGCAGAAGCAAAAAUAUCCAAGAUGGAGCUGCCGGCAGUUGCACAAGAACCAUCUGGUCUGCAGGACUCGCUGUAUCGGUGUCGGCGUAGGCUGCAUUUUACAUGGGGUUUCUUGUCUGAUAAUGUAGCGCUUUGUGUUGCUUAGCAGGGAAAUAAUUCAAUAACUUCUAGGUAACUGCUCAUGAGUGCACGAUAUUUAUUAAGGGCAACGGGUGCUUGUAGUUUUCAUUUAGUAUGACCAUUGGAUUACAAAUGGCAUAUCGUGACUGAUAAGAGGCCUUGUUUUACUGUAUAUAAACUGCCUUGUCAACCAUUCUGUAUACAAUACAAGCACACAUUAACCCUUUAACUCGCUGCUUGACCAAAAGCAAAUCUGUUUUAAGGACAGCUCAGAAGUUUGGUAGACCAUGUUUUUAAAGGAAUGAGUUCACAAUAAAAACAAAAAAUGUUUUGUUAUAUAACUCAAAGGUGUGCUGUUGCACCCAACAUAGAUGAGAUAGUCAUUAAAAGUAUGUUUUUUUUUUUUUUUUUUCUGGCGACCACGCUUGAAACUCAAAACACUUCAAAUCAUCUUUCCCCAUUGAACUGAAUAGGAUUCCAUUAAUCCAUUCCAGCCUCCCCCCAGAAAACAAACAUUUAAAGUACUUAGUAAAAACACACAGUAAUGACAUAAUUACAUAGCAUGUCAACAAUUAUACUGAGUUUGCCACUUUGAUUUCGCUUCAAUAGAUAUUGUGCUGUUUCUUCUGGUGUGCGUGCUUUGGCCACCCGGGGCAAUAUAACAGACUUACUGUACACGGAGACAGGCUCAGCUCCACAGCAAGCCGCAGUAAUAUUAGUCACUCUUUCCACAGGAUACAGUAGCAAAGAAUAUAUGCCAGUGAGUAUUGUUAUAUUGUCUGUCUACAUGUGUUAUUCCACCGUUUGAGCUCAAAUAUUCGCUGCUGGUUAUAAAUAGGGCGUCAAGGGCAUUUUGCAUUGUAAGCAUCUGCUCAAUGCUGCUUAUUGAAGUGAGUCAAGAGUUCCCUAGCACCAUGCAGCGCUUGCAUCUCAAAACAUUUGCUUGCAAGUCAAAGCAAACUAGAACGUCGGGUCACACGUCUCAAAGCACCGCUGUAAUACAAAAUGCAAAAAAACAGUGACGCCAAUGUCCAUAAACAUUUUAGUUAUGUAUUUCUAAAAAACUAAAAUAACAAAAAACUUCAUGUAUUAACCAUUAUUAUGCUGAAUUGCAUCAAGUGACAUCUUAGCCAUUUGGCGGAGGCUCAUAUUUGAAAAACUUAUUGAUUUUUGUUGUAACGGCCUAUGGAAAUGUAAGUAUUGUUAAUGGUGGUGUAUGUGUGUCUUUAGCUGCCCAUGCAUUAUGUAGCAGCAAUAAGACGAGUGGUUAAAGUAGAUACAGUAACGUCCUUUAAAGUCAAGUAAGAAAAAAAAUAAGUCCUAUAGUAUUUAUUACUGUAUGUGGUGAGGCACGCACAAAUAAAGUCACCAAAGAUCAAUGUUUAGCAAAAAUGUUUAGGAAUUUCAGCAGCUUGUCUGCCUCUUUUUUGUGCUAUGACUCAAAUUAAGUACAUAUGAAUAGAAAGAAUAAAACAGAAAACUAAAUAAUUGUUCUCCAAAUUAUGCAAUGUGUAUUCCUAUAGUGCAGUCAUAAGAUGAAAUUGUUUGGAUCGUGUAUAUGAAUGAUAAACCUGUAAUAGCGUCACAUUAUUGGACCACUGCUGUGAUGCAUUCAAGAACAUGACGGACACUUCGGCUUGGUCAUUUUCUCCAUGUUGCCUCCAUUGGGGACAAAGUGGCACACAACAGUCAAUAGAUUGUACGACAGAAUGUAUUUUUCACGAGCCACACAGACUAUUUUUGUUAUUUCAAGCCUUACUGUUCAACUCCUAAGGGUUGUCAUGGCGACUGUUUCGCACACGUUGAGCUGUUGUGAAGCAAAAUAAAAACAGAAUACUAACAAACUGGUGCUAGACAGGCUUGUACAGUAUGUCACAUUUCUCAUGUAUUUUUUACUGAAAAGGCAGACACUUCCAAACUACUACA